CGUAAAGCUUUGGUCGCUUUGAGAACACGAGAGAAGGGAACGAAUUUGUAGAGAAAGCCCGAAAAAAAGAUCCUUUGCUUUGGAAUGAUUUGAAAGGUGUUCUUCAGGAUUUGAGGACUUGGGGGUACCUUGCUAGCUGUAAGACGGUGAGGCUGUUGCACAGACUGUCAGACUACGGAUGUCAGGGCCUCGGCUUGAGAUGCCCUUCGCGCCUGGCCCCGCCAAAGGUAUUACCUCCGUAAGGUGGACAGGAGGAGGUAGGCACGAACACCUUGGAUGCACCGUUGUGAAAGUAGACAACACCGUCCCAAGUCUACAAUACGGCACUGUACGCAAAUUCUCAAUGUCCGCUCGUGGAGGUCGUGCAACGUCAGGGCCAUGGAAUCGAUUGAAACCCGCGAACUUCGACCCCCUCGAGUCGAUUGGCCUGCCCUCCAAAGGCGACGCAAGGUACCACCAUCUCGUCCCCUCCAUCAACCACUAGUUUACCCCACUAACCCAAGACUAGACUCCUUGACUUCAAAGCCCAAGAGCGAUACUACACCAAGAUAGUCGAACGAUAUAUGGCCUUUUGCUCCGACGCUGGUCGUGGCGAUGAACUCCUCCGCCGAUUAGCUCGUAUGGAAAUCUCCCGCGAGACAACAGGCAGGAAUGACAAACCACAAAGAGUGAUGGCAGCAACCACACCAGAUCUGGCACUCAAGACUCUGCCUGCGGAUAACGGAGCCUCUGGGCAGCGGGAUUUGACAACUAUAAUGAUGUCUAUGCGAAAACUGCGGGAAGGAAUCGUUGCCUCAAACCGGGUGGAUACUUUCUCGAUCCAGGCGUAUAUUUUCUGCAUUCGGCUCUCGAUUUUGGUGAAGCACAUGGAGUCUUACCAGCCCGCUAUUUUACAUCUAUUGAAGAGGAUGCAUCCUGUACAACAACUAACCAAAACGGAGUUGCAGGAAUUUGUGGGCUACCUUGUUUUGGACCUGGCUUGUCGACAGAAUGAUCUUGCAGAGGCGCAUGCGAUACGCCAUAAAUGGGGAUUGAAAGAUGCCAAGGUAGAUGCCAUCCUACGGUCUCUGGCUCAUGACAACUACUUCUUGUUCUGGAAAGUCAAGAGGAGUGUGGAUGGCCACAAGGCGAAACUUAUGGAGUUUGCAGAAGAUGGCGUGAAGAGGCAGACUUUGAAAUGUCUUGGAAGAAGCUACCUCAAUAUCGACCUGCCCUCUUUGGAGCAGUAUACCAAUACUGGAUGGCCUUCUUUAACGAGAGAUUGUGGAGUGGGAUGGCAAUUGGAGGGUACGAAAGUCAUUAUUCGAAAACCAAAGACGAAAUGAUUUUGGGCGUGGGGUCAUCCGAAAAGAAACCAUAUGAUACUCAUUUUUAUGACUAUCGACAUGUCGCCAAGUACCUUGUUGAAGACGAUUAUCUGGACCGAUAUCCUCAAACUCUCUUAUUCUGUUUGCCGAUAGUACGCAUUACAGCUUAUUCCAACCAAAUACCCCGGACAAUCGACGGCCACGGAUUUCCGCAGAAUUCAAUUAUUUCGUUUCCGGCCCAGUUGCUGGAAAAGACCGAUGAAGAUAUCACGCCCUGGCCAGUUUCCAAUCAGGCGUAUCUCAACUAGGGGCAUCAGAAUCUGCCGUAAAUGAAUUCUUCUCACGGAGGGUGACCACAACUAUCUCACGCCGUCUUGUCCUCUGGCAGCACUCCAAAUACCCCUGGAGUAAAUUGAGAUGGAGUUUAUUGAUUUGUAAGGCCGCUUUCCCAUACAUCAAAACGUGCUGUACGAGCAAAGGCCUGAGUAAGUUACAGCCGAAAGCUGGCU